AUGCCACCGCGACCUCGCAAGCAAUUGGACUCGAAAAGGAUCGAGGAUUCACUUCGAGCAAACAUUUUGCCAUUGGUAAGUUUAUUGAGCAAACUUAAUUCAUUGUAGUGGCCCUGUGGUCAAUAAUAGCAUGUUAUGCAGCUGAAUUCACGGCAAUUCAUGCAGUCAAUUUAUUAAAUUCGUCUAGAUCACCGAACAGUUGGAAGCGGUAGCAUGCCGUGCUGUUUGGAGAGUUCGUGAAACAGACAUUUACAUCGCAAGAAAUCAGAUCGCUUCAAAGCGACUUCGCCUUGACCAAGUGGUUUCUUCAAUGAACGGCGUUCAAUUCUUUUUUUCCUGCGUUACAAGUGUCAUGUGCAACGCAAAAUCCGCGAAAGACGACGACAACGAAACAAGUUACACGCCUGAAAGCUACCCAGCGAUUGCCUACUUCGUCGUGUACAAGGAAUGUGCAACUUGCAACGAGAAGAUCUUGUUUUCCACCAUUCACAACGAAGAAUUAGAUGCAGAGGUAUCGCGAAUUCGAGUGCGAAAAUCAUCCGAUAGCAAUAUUGUAAUGGAAAAAGCUGCAAAACAGUUAUUCCAAGUGGUCAAGGAUCACAGCAACAACACCAUCCAGGAAAUGCUCCAAAUAUCAAACGCGUAUUGCUGCAAGAAUUCCGAGGGAACGCCGUCAGAUGAUGAUGAAGAGGAUGAUCAACCCGAGUUUGUUUCAACUCAUUUCCCCAAUGUCCCCUGCUGUAUAAUCGUCGUAAACGAAAGCGAGUUUCGGGAUCGUGUGGCUACAGCAGUUACAAAGCUGGAAUCAGACGGACUUGUUGUUGAUCUCGGUAAUGCAUGCGUUGUAAAGUUGGACAAUCCACCGUUCUCAUCCAACAACGAUGUCGCCGCCUUGAUAAACAACAUCGAUAAAUGCACGAAGUUAUGCGACCACGCCUUAUAUCGUUCAGAAAUUUACACCAAACCAGAGGGUUCAAAUUUAACGUUUGUAAAAAUGAUGGAUGUAACUAGUUACUUGCACAAACUUCUGGCUAACGAAGUGUUGCGUGACAAGCUGAUUCAGCAUUUUCAAGCGGUCGAUAGACUUCUGUCUCAUCCAGCAUGCGCAAUAAUUCAGCAGAUCAAAUUUGACGUGGAUCUCAUUGAAGUAUCAAACGGGUACUGUUUCUCGAUCAAAGCCCGAAAGUUCAUCGUCUGUCCUAUCCCGGAAUCCAUGCGUGGAAAACUGUCGCCAAGAUCUUUUGUUCCAUUCGACAGUUCCAAACCGCCGAAGCCUGGGUAUUUUCGAGAAGGCAUUGUCAACUCCUUUCCCGACGACGACGUGCGAGUACGGUUCCUGAAUAAACUCUAUCAGUGCCUGCUCGCGUUCAGCAUGCCUCACAAGGUGAGGAAAUUGGUAGUGGUUGGCCCCAAAGAUUCGGGCAAAACAUCUUGGUCCAACAUAUUCCAUCGUGUUAUUCCCGCUAGCUACAUUGCGUCGCUCACAAACGAGAGACAAUUUUUCUGCCGCUAUCAUUAA